AUGUUAAAAGAACCAUCAAAUAUUGUAAUAUCAUCUAAUUUUAUGUCUGCUGAUUCUGUUGAAAGAUUUCAGUUGUCCAGACAAGAUGCCUCAGUUUCAACAUCUAGAAAAUCACCAUUAGGGAGAACGGACAACAUAUUAUACGAGGUGGAGGAUGAUGAGAGUGAAUGUAUUCAUGUAUCUUCAUCUACUUCUAGUUUUAAUUCAACAAAAUCUCCCGUCAUCCCACCUACAAAUGAUUUUAUUGGAAAAAAUAAUAAUUUUAAAAAAUUAAAUAUUUUAACAGUAGACAAUCAAAAUAGUAAAAGUUGUAAUAGUGAAAAUAAUUUACUUUCAUGUAGGUCACAUUCAAGUAAUUGUUUAGAAGAUUCCUCAUCAACAACAUUAUCACCAAAAAAUAAUCAAAAUAACUUUAAUUCAGAAAUAUUAAAUGGUUCAACGACAAUGUUAGCUGUUAAUCAUAAUUUUUAUCCUGUCAAUAAAAAAGUAAUAAAAAAUUAUAAUAAUAAUUGUGUUCCAAAAUGGAAAUUAUGUACACCAGUUAGAAGUCAAUUAAAUAUGCAAAAUGCUUUACUUAGACAACAAACAACAUUAGAUGAUGUUUCAGGAAAAUAUCCAAUUAAUGGAUCUCAAGAAUGUCCAUUUGAUCAUUUAGAACAAUACAAUCAACCAUUAUAUUAUAAUGGUAAUGAUAAAUUAAUAAAUAAAAAUAAAUUAAUUGGCCCAAGAAAUAGUAAUCCUGUUCCUGAAACAUCAGAUUAUCAUAAUCAAAAUAGCACUGCUUCAUGUAAAAUAGGUGAUGUUAAAUUACAAUCAUCUUUAUCAACACCAUGUGAAAAUAUUAAUUCAGGAAAUGAUAAUAUAAAUAAAAGUUCAAAUGAAUAUAGAAGAUUUAAAAGUGAAGGUUCAACGACAAAUCCUUUCUCUCAAACAAGUAUGAUAAAUAUGGAAGGACAUUAUAAUGAUGGCAUUUCAUUGGAUCAUCAUAGAAUGCAUAUGACUAAUAAUGGAUCACACCCAAAUUAUUGUCAUCAUAAGGGUAAUACUCAGCUAGCAGAAGUGUCAAUGCCUCUUAAUACACAUACAGAUCAAGUAAUGCUUAUGCAUACAUUAAAAACAAAACUUCAAAAAUAUCAACAAUUUAUUGAUAAAGCUUUUGAGUUAAUUCAAGAAUCAGAUGACUCACAAGUGAUUGAGGGAUGUACAAUUGUGACAAAAGUUAUGCAAAAAGCAUGGUUAUAUCCUAGAAUAAGUCAAGAUUUAGCACAUGCUUUAUGUGAUUAUUUAAAAGAGAAAGAUUAUUUAGAAAUUAUUAUUAAUAUUUUUAUCAAACAAAUUAUCGGUGAACCUGUACGGCUAGCAUGUGGGAGAUUAUUUGAAGAGAUAUUAUCAUUAAAUAAUCGAGAAUACAUUGUACAAAAUAAUUAUUUAAAAAAAAUAACACAAAUGGCAGAGAAAUUAAAUAAAAAUCCUGAACAACAAAGGAUGUCUUUAUCAAUUAUGGAAUGUUUAUUUAAACAUUCAUCUUCAACAACUUAUCGUCUUAUUGAUUAUGGUAUUCUUGAUCAUAUCCUACUUACAUGUAAAAGAGCAGCAGAUUCACCAGCAACACUUCGUCAAGCUUCAUUAGCUUUAGCAAAUCUUGUCCUGUAUAGUUGUCCAGAGGCAAGAAAAAAAAUUGUACAAAAAAAGCUUCCUGAUUGGCUUUUUUUGUUAGCUUCUCAACCAGAUGACAUCACACGUUACUAUGCUUGUUUGGCUAUUUGCGUUUUAGCAAGUUGUAAAGAGAUGGAGUUAGCAGUUGCAACAUCUGGUACAUUAGCAUUAGUAGAACCAUUUCUUCUCUCACAUAAUCCUACUGUUUUUGCUUCAAAUCACUACAAACAAAGUCAAGGAAGACCAAAAGAAUGGUUAAUAAGAUUGUUACCAUUACUGAAUUCAAAAUGUAGAGAGGCAAAAUCAAUAACAGCUUUUCAUUUUACAAUGGAAUCUGUUAUUAAAAAGAAUCAAGAUAAAAUUGCAAUUCUUCAUGAAAUUGGUGCCAUUCCAUUACUAAAGGAAGUUGCUUCUUCUCCAGAUGACUUACCAGCUCAAUUGGCUUCUGAAGCAUUAACAAUUAUUGGAGAAGAAGUGCCAUAUAAGUUAUCUAGACAAGUGCCUUGUUGGAGUGUAGAAAAUGUUCAAUGUUGGGUAGCUAAAAUUGGUUUUGAAGAGUAUUGUGAAAGUUUUGGUAAACAUAAAGUUGAUGGUGAUUUACUAUUAUUAUUAAAUGAAAAUGAAUUAGAAAAUGAUAUUGGAAUGAAAAGUGGUUUAUUAAGAAAAAAAUUUCUAAGAGAGUUAGAAAGUUUAAAAAUUGCUGCAGAUUAUAGUUCAAUUGAUGAUUCAAAUUUGGAUACAUUUCUAAUGUCAUUAUCUCCAGAAUUAAGUGCAUAUACAUAUCCAAUGUUAAAUGCUGGUAUAACAAGGGCAAUGCUUCCACAGAUAACAGAAGAAUGGAUGGUAAAUGUUUGUGGAAUGACAAAUGAAAUUCACAAGUACAAAUUGAAACAAGCUUUGCAAGAUGGAAAACACAUUGAUGAUAUUGAGGUUGCACAAUUAAGUAAACAAUAUGAUAUCUUUAUUUCAUAUCGUAGAAGUAAUGGUAAUCAGUUAGCUAGUUUAAUUAAGGUUAUGCUAACAAUACAAGGUUACAAAGUUUUUAUUGAUGUAGAUAGAUUACAUGCAGGAAAAUUUGAUUCUUCAUUAUUGAAGAAUAUUCAAGCAGCAAAACAUUUUAUUCUUGUAUUAACAGAACAUUCAUUAGAUAGACUUAUUAAUGAUCAUACUUGUGAUGAUUGGAUUCAUAAAGAAUUAAAAUGUGCCUUUGAACAUAACAAAAAUAUUGUUCCUGUUAUUGCAGAUGGUUUCAAAUGGCCUUCUGAUCCAAGUGAUAUUCCAGCAGACAUCAGACAAAUAACAACUUUUAAUGGAGUUAAUUGGGUUCAUGAAUAUCAAGAUGCUUGUAUAACAAAAAUUAAAAGAUUUCUAACAGAGUAUGAUGAUAAUCAUAAAACUAGAAAUACCAAUACAAUAACUACACUUAAAAGAAACAAUUCAUUGGCUUCAAAAAAAAAUUCAUCUAUGUCUACAUCAACAUUGCCUUCCAAACUUCUUGGUAGUGGAAGAAAGGCAAAUUCUGGAAGUGGUAAAAAUACUCCAUUAAAUAAUGGAAGACUGCGCAAUACUAAUGAUUCAUCUAUCGAGUCACCUUCUUAUCGUGGAAUAUCUAUAGAAAAAUCUUCUAAUCGAAAAUUUUUUUCAUCUACAACUGCCCAAGUUAUGUGA